AUGGCCGAUUCAACACCCCACCAAGUUGAAGAAAAGAGGUCUAGUGUAGUCGAGGAGACGAACUUCCACCAACUCACAGAUAAAAAUGACCUCGGUGCUCUCGAAGCCAAUUCACACCACUCCUCUUCCGACGACGACGACUCUACCAUAAACGAAGACCCCCAAAAUGAACUCGCUCAAGUACCAACAAACAACAGCACCGUCGCGCGCACUCUCUCCGCCGUCCGAACCCGCGAGUCGGGCAAAGACAUCGGUCCUCCACCGGAUGGAGGCUUACAGGCAUGGCUGCAGGUAGCACUGGGCCAUAUGAUUAUCUUCAACACGUGGGGGUAUAUCAACAGUUUCGGCGUGUUCCAAACAUACUAUACUUCGACGCUGGGCCGAUCUCCCUCGGAUAUCUCCUGGGUUGGUAGUAUUCAGAUCUUCCUCCUUUUCUUCAUCGGGACAUUCUCUGGCCGCGCGACAGAUGCGGGAUACUUUCGCUUCACGUUGACAGUCGGCGCAACGCUGGAAUGUUUCAGCAUCUUUAUGACCUCGCUUUGUACGGAGUACUGGCAGCUUUUUCUGGCGCAGGGAUUGGGUCAGGGAAUUGGGUGUGGACUUAUGUUUUGUCCUACGCUUGCUCUGAUCUCGACGUACUUUGUUCGUCGGCGUGGAAUUGCCCUUGGUCUGGCUGCUUCGGGCUCGGCAACGGGUGGUUUGGUGUUUCCCGCCGUUGUUAUGAAAUUGCUGCCGCAGAUUGGAUACGGGUGGACGAUGCGUGUACUUGGACUGAUUUCAGUCGUUACGUUGAUCCCCUGUGUGCUAUUUUUCAAGCAGCGUUUGCCGCCGCGGAAGAGUGGGCCUAUUGUUGAGUGGGCUGCUUUCAAGGAACCUUCUUAUCUGCUCUUUGCUAUUGGCAUGUUCCUCAAUUUCUGGGGUCUAUAUGUUGCUUUCUUCUACAUUGGCAGUUUCAGUCGCAAUGUUAUUGGCGUGGACCAGACGACCUCUAUCGACCUGUUGAUGGUCAUGAACGGAGUUGGAAUCUGGUGCGACGGCUCUGGUGGCUUAUUGCUGGGCUGCCGUGAAGGAUAUGUCGGGGUUAUGGGCAUUCGCGGUGUUUUAUGGUCUGUCCGCUGCGGGUAUCCAAUCGCUUUUCCUGCGACAUUGAGCACUCUCACGACGGAUAUGAAGAAGACUGGCGUGCGGAUGGGAAUGGUUCUCAGUGUUGUUGCGAUUGCUGCUUUGAUCGGUUCACCUAUUGCUGGUGCAUUGGUGCAGCUUGAUAAUGGAGGCUAUCUGUACGCGCAAAUGUUUAUGGGCAGCGCAAUCAUCGCGGGUACAUUGACUUUGAUCGCGGCGAGAAUCGUCAAGGUUGGCACUGGUAUUGCUCGUGUAUAA